AUGGAAAUUUGCAACGCGCUGACAUCUUGCGUUGCAUUCAGCGAUCCUGGGGACCUUAAGGGCUUCUUGCGGCCUGCCAGCGGCUGGGCUUGGGCACCGCCUACAGACGACGAUCCUUCACUCUGCUUGGGCACGUACAUCAAAAGCGCAGUCUCGGCGAACAUCUCCGCGCGGGCGGCCGCCAAGGCCAGAGCCGCGGCGCUUGCGGCGAUGGAGACGUCGCCGGCGGGGGCAUCAGCUUCUGCGUGGCCGGUAGGACCAUUCGGCAUCCUGCCGCCGCCAGCUCCAGCCCGCGGCGGAAACAGCAACACUACGGAAGGCACGUCAGCAGCCAACACUAACAUUGAAACAGGAGGGUCUGGCCGCACGGACGACGGCGAUGACGACGGCGGCGGCAGCAGCAGUAGCAGCAGCGGCGGUGGCAGCGGCGGCAGCAGCAGCAGCGGCGGUGGCAGCAGCAGCGGCGGGAUUGAGAUCAUGGAUGUCCGUAGCAGCCCUGGCGAGCCAGCGUCAGCUGCCUUGACAGCGGCAUGCAAUGACUCUGCUAACCUAAUACCGGGCUUUCAGUUUUACCCCAAUCGGUUCAUAGAUAACGCACCUCUCUUGUACGACAUGACGGCUGUCGUACUGGACGAUAUGAUGGUCGUAAAGCUGCAGCUAGUUGCUGCGGCUUGUGUCCAGUACUCUUGGUGCUAUGCGUUCGACACGACAGGACGGAUCUGGGGAGAUUUGACCAAGCUGUCGCAGUACGCGGACCUGCUAGGGGCCCAAAGCGCGAUGUGGAAGCCGAACGACGUGCGACAGCGGGGUGUGUGCGGCGGCACCUUUCUGCGGGUCACGUCCGGCUUAUCAGGCUGUACAUCGCGUACGGACUUUGCGUUGUACCCGGGCCGGUACUCCUCCGGUCGUGUGUACGACACGUUGUCGAGCGGCACGACGUUGGACGAGCUUCUGGACGCAUGCGGGUCGGACACUGGAGCUCACUGCGCCGCCGUGCAGUACCCGGAGAUGCAACUGUUGCUGGAGCCGCCGGCGGCGGCCAUGGUGUACGACAUGCCGCCGGCGCCGGCGGGAUCUUGCAUGGGCACAUACGUACGUUUACCGCCGUACCUUCAGGACUUCAAGUCCGGCAUGUACGAUACGGUUAAACUUCCGCAACAGGAAUUCAGCUCAUCUUCGACCGCGUUUCUGAAUUUCAGCAGCAGCAGCAGCAGCAGCAGCAGCAGCAGCAGCAGCUUCGGAGGCACCGGGGGUGCUGUGCGUUUGAAUCUGUCCACCGCGGCCGAGCUGAUGGACUGCUCGGCAGCGUCCGCCGGACCAGAUCUUGGAUCUGGUUCUGGAUCCGAAACCAGAUCCGGAACUGCAACAGCCACCGGGGUAGCGCCGUCGUCAUGCGGCGCCGUCGUCCUGGUAACCCUCACCCUGACAAGUACGGUUGCGCUGCCACCGCCAGCUGCUGCGGUCGGUAACGAUGUGUACGGCACCAUAGACUUUGCCGUACAACGCGCCGACGGCAGCGCGUUGUCGUACAAGUGGCGUAUGCCGGCGCCCAAGGCGAGCGGCCUAGUAACCAGCCAGUUGAUCAUGUACGCGGUACCGCUCCACAGCCUGAGCGACGUGGUUACUUUGUCCGCCACAAAUGUAGCCGGCUACAGCUGCUACAACGCGAGGCUCUUGGUGGAGGUGACCGUACGGUCACAUGUGACGAAGGUGCCGCCGCCGCCGUCGCCGCCGUCGCCGUCAGCGGCGACCCUCCUCGUUCCUGUAGCGGGCUCCGAAGCCCCGGCAGCAGGGGUCGCGGCGCCGCCGCCAGCGGCUACUGCGCUGUAUUACCCUCACGGCAGAUCGUCGACGGGCCUGCUGGUGGGGGCAGUAGUGGGGGCCGUCAUCGCAGUGUUCUCUACGGCAGCGGCGCUGGCAACAGUACUGCUGGUCCGUCACCGCAGCCGCGAGCUGUCGUACACGAAGCCGCAUGAUAUCACGCUCACGAGAGCGCCAUCCGUGCCGCCGCCGCAACAGCCGCCGCCGUCGCCGCCGCCGUCGCCGCUGGUGGCGGUGAGGUGUUGCUCUCUCGAUGCAGCUCGCUCCGAGAUCGCCGCGGUGGCGCCGGCGGCAGUGGCGAUGGCGGCGUCCGCUAAGGUGCCGCUGGGUUUCCUGUCUGGCUAUACGGGUGUAGGCAACUUUACAACAGAGCCCAUGCACGUGCGCGGCAUUCCGGACGUCCUUGACGCGGAUACGGACAUCAGGCGCGGCGGCGGCGCCGCCGCAAAUGCGCCGACGGCGGCGGCAGCGGCGGCGUCUGAGGUAUGCGUUCUUGGCGUUGGCGAGGAGGUCGACGUGACCAUGUCGCCCGUCGCACCCAUGGCCGGGGCAGCGGGCUGGUGGAAUUGCGGCACGUGUUGGUCCGUGCGUCGGGCGCCGCCCCCUGGAGCUCGCGUUGAAGGCCGGCGGGGUGUUGGCGGCGAUGGAGAUGGAGGUGGAGGUGGUGUUGGUGGCGGCAGCAUGCAGGUAGCGGCGCCGCCGCCAGCUCAGCUGUCGCCGGCAGGCCGGCAGGCCGGCGCUGGGGCUCAUAUUUGCGGUUCCGCCAGCGGCAGCGGAUACGGCACAUCGGCCGCCGCCUCAAGAAGAGCUGCGACGGGGGCUCCGUGCCUGGCCUCAGAUCGCCAGAUGGCUGUUGCGGCACCGCCAGCCGGUGACGCCGGUGGUGGGCUGUCUGCCGUACGCCUCUUCCGGGCACAUCGUUGGGGACUGCAGCCCGCGUCUGGAAGCGUCGGCGUCGACGGAGGUGCCAGCUGCACGUCGUACAAGUACGACACGAUGGAUCUGUCUUCUAUGCCGGGUGACGGCAGCCGUCGGGCGACGGAAUUUCCUUACGAAGCUGCCCCGGCAAGUUAUAGCAACGCAUCCAGCGAUACUGCCGCUACCGCCGCCGCCGCCACCACCGCCGCCGCCGCUGCGGAACGCGACGCCGGCUGCAUCGCGGCGGUUGCCGUGGGGCGCGGUCCUGGUCGUGAGGUCCUGCCGCGGCGCAUCGAGCUUGCUAGCUCAGCGGAGAUGUGGGUUUGCGGCACCCCGAGGUCCGCCGGAACGGCAGCGCCGCCACCUACCUCCGCCGAUCUGGCGGCCGCGUCAAUGACCUUUGAGCAGGUGCCGUACAGUGGGACGUUUGCGGCGCCGUCAGGGCGCAGCCGGCCCCUGGAGGGUCCCGACAGCGGUGUUGGCCGCCUGCGUGGGGUACCCAGGACGAAGCAGCAGCAGCGCGACCCAGGAGAUGCGGCGGCUGCGGGAGCGGCAGGAAUGCCGGAUGCCGCGCCAUGCAGCGAUGGCGGUGGGCGCACCGUCACGUUGCAGCCCAGUCCUUCCUCGCGCACGACAGCUCUGAUGGAGGAGGAGGGAGGGGAGGAGGCG